CGUGUUGGCAUGGGAGCGUUAACACCUGUGCGCCAGGCCAAGGUGAUAAGCGUAGCAAACCUCGUCCUGGGUUGCGUCUUUCGUGUAUGAGCGUAGACAUUUUUCGCCAAAAAUAUACCCGUCCAGACGCUCCUCGCAACAGUGGCAAUACAGUGGGAAUGACUUGCCGCUGCUCACCCACCACACGCCCACCUCCAGGUCUCUCUCCACCCGCCCACUCCCUCACCACCUCACCCCCUGAAUCUCUCGUCUCCUCCGUUCCUUUACUCCUGUCUGCCUCUCCUCUUGCUAUUCACUUCCUAUUUCUCUCUCAUCUUUCCUUUUUUAUUUUCCAUAAUCAGAUUUUUUUAUUUCUCAUGUUUUCAUGUAAAUCAAAAAGAUUUUCUCUAUUCCCUCCUCGUCUUCUCUUUCCCUCCCUUCUUUCAGCUCUCCUUCCUCUGAUUUUCCUUCAGUCUCCCAUUCUCUUCUCUCCCCUCCCGUCCCUCCAUGUCUACACCCCACAAUACUACGCCUUCCGUCUCCCUCAGCUCCACAGCCACAGCCGCCCUGACAGGAUGGCAAUCCGGCGGCCGGCCACCGCCACACUGCUCAUGACGAUUCCUCUCAUCCUUUCUCCAUUUUUGCUUAUUCCUCGCAUCUUGGUACGCCCCACGACCUCUGAAUAUCAGGAUAUCCAGAAAGAAGUCACGGAUUCCUUUCUAUUCCAAAACACACUGCAGGAGACGUCACCACCUGCAGAAGGAAGAAAAGAAGCUGAAGUGACUUUGAGAGAAGAAAGAAGUGUCAGUCGGAUUCCACUCCACCGUCAUCUCUCUCCUCUCCCUCUUCAAGCGCCUCUCCACCAUUACCACGCCUUCCUCCACCUCGACAACGCAGCUCCCACAUCAUCCCAGUACUUCAUGGCGCGACCCUCGGCUUACUCUCCGGCCGCUUUCCGCUUCCCGCAGCACCGCGUCACCCACCACGCCCUCCAUCCUACUCACAGAAGACUGCAAGAGGGAAAGGGUGAUGUCCAUGAGGAGCAAGGCGUCCCUCAGGAGGUCCUACAGCUCCUGCCGAGUGCCGUCAAGGGCGUGUACUCCCAUUACUCCCACGUUCACACCGCAGCCCAGCCCACCACAACCAUCCCGCCGCCCGUUGUGUGGUUCCCUGAUCUGAACAAAGAAUGUGGUGACGGCGGCGGUGGUGGUGACGGCGGGUUCAGCACCUUCAGCUUCCUGGCCAUGGUGGUGUCAGUGGUCAACCUCAUCUCACUGCUCCACUCCACCGCCAACAACAACAAUAACAACAAUAACAACAACGAUGACAACAAUAACGUGAACAGUGCCAACAUGCAAGCCGCCAACGAAGACAACAACAACAACAACCUUGGCGUCCUGACGAUGGUGAUGUUUGGGGGACGCCGCCGCCGCGAUUUAUACUCCUCCUCCUCCUCCUCCUCCUCCUCUGAAGACGUAGCUGCCGCCGUCGGGUUGUUCUUCCUGAAAGCGUGGCUGCAGGUAUUCGGGUUCAAUUCCACCUUUACCUUACUCCACAACCCCACCACAUCGUUCCCCUCCACAUCCACACUCCUGGCUCCAGGCGGCGUGGUGGGGCGUACGAGCGGGUGUGCAUUGCUGGCGUUAUGUGAAGCUAAUGAGAGGAGCGCCGCCUUUGGUCAACUCGGGGAGGACGUGGCGGAGGUGCUGAGCGUCGCCUUCGUGGACCACCUACAGGAGGCGAUAGUGGAGGUGAAGGGGGAAAGGGAACGGGCAGGUUUGCUCCGAGCUGGCGGGCGAGGGCGCACCUGCUGGAGAAGUGCUUGCUGUGCCUUCCACUACCCGUGCGGGAAUUCCUAGCACACACACACACACACACACACACACACACACACACACACACACACUCCGAAAACAAUAUACAAAUAAGAUAAAGAAAUCACAGACAUUAAGUGUG